GCCCACGAGUCCACUUACCUCUGUAUAUCUAUAUCUCAAACUUACGUGGAGAUCAUGCAAUGCUACCAAAUCAGCUAGUUAACCACAAUUCUCUCUCUCCUUCUGUUUUUUUUUUUUUUUUUUCCUUCUCUCUCUACAAACUUCAUCUAUAUAGUUAUAGAGAGAGACAAGACUGUCUACAUAUUUUUAGAGAGAGAAAUUAAGCUGGGGAGAGAUGGGUGGAGUGAAGAAAUGGUUUUGGGACUCACGAGCAUUGGUGAGCAUGCUUGCGGUUCAGCUCUUCGCGACCGGUCUGCAGCUUCUGUCUCGGAUCAUCUUGAGUGAAGGGACUUUCGUCUUCGCCCUCAUGGCCUAUCGUAACGUUGUUGGUGCUGUAUCUGUUGCCCCUUUCGCCUUGUUAUGGGAAAGAGGGAAAGCAAAGGAGAUGAGGUGGUCAGUUCUGUUCUGGCUCUUCAUGAACGCAUUAACCGGGGUACAGAUGGCUAUGGGAUUGUUUUAUUAUGGUCUAAAAGACACCACAGCUACAUAUGCUGUAAACUUCCUUAAUUUGAUCCCAGUUGCCACCUUUGUCUUCUCCACUAUAAUUGGAGUUGAGAAAUUGGGACUGCAUAGAAGAGCUGGUAAAGUGAAGACUCUAGGGGCAAUCUUGUGCCUUGGAGGAGCACUAAUUAUUAGUCUCUACAAGGGUAAAACAUUCCACAUUGGUCAUCAUGGUGUUCAUCAACACCUCAUCACCAGGACAACUAAGCCCAACUGGACACGUGGCACUCUCUUUUUGGUAGCUAGUGUUUUAUCCUAUGCUACAUGGUUCAUCGUCCAGGUAAAGUUGUUCAAAGUAUUUCCAUAUAAAUAUUGGGCAACACUGUUUACAUGCAUCAUAGCAUCAAUUCAAUCAGUGGUGAUAGGGUUAUGCUUAGAUAGAAAGGAGGCUGCAUGGAAGUUGGGAUGGAACCUGCAACUAAUUACCAUCUUCUACUCGGGAGUAUUGGCUACAGCAUUAACUUUCUGCUUACUUUCAUGGGCAAUUGCAAACAGAGGUCCAACCUAUCCCUCAAUGUUCAACCCUUUGUCCCUAAUUUUUGUGGCCAUCAUAGAGACUCUCUUUAUGGGUCAGGACAUCACUGUUGGAAGCCUGCUUGGAAUGCUUUUGAUCGUAGUAGGGUUGUAUUUGUUCUUGUGGGCAAAGAGCAAUGAGUUGAAAAGCAAGCCUCCACCUAAAGCAGUUGAUGGAGAAGCAGCAAUACCGGAUUCUGAAUCUGCAGGGACGCAGUUUACAGCCAUAGUAAUGCCGACUGCUUCACCUAUUACUGACACCGCCACCAUUGCUGAUAAGAAUGAAAAUGAAGCGCGGGAAAUAUAGAAGGAAUAAAGGUAUCCGAGACCAUCACUCAAGAAAGAUAGAUUGAGAUUGUUCGUAGAAAUCUUAAUCUCUUUAAGUAUUGAGUUAUCGGUUUCUAGUACAUAAUAUGGACUAGUUUUCUUUCUUUUCUAAAUUUUGUAAUUGUAAUACUACAUGACUGUCUAACGAAAUGCUGAUGAUCAUCUAAUGUCGUAUCAAUUUGCAUCCUGUAUGUAUUUUGCUGGCAGUGUCCUUUUGUAUCGAAAAUGAAAAGAAAAUGUGAGAGAAGUGUAUGGUUCUUCAAUUUGGAAAUGAAAAGGGAAG